CCAAAAGUGACUGGCGUUCGCGGUCCGGCAAGCGUUCCAGGGCAGGAUUCUUUCUGUGGUCGUCGCCGUCCUCCUCCUCCUGUCUGAUCUGCUGCAGCACAAGACCACCACGGAGUGUGACGACGCGAAGCGGCCCCGGACGUCGCGGCAGUUUCAGAACUUGGGGGAUCUCUAAUGGCGGAGCAACUUUCUCCAGGGAAUUCUACCCAUCAGGUGUGCACGUUCCUCUUCAAAAAGCCUGGGCGGAAAGGAGCGGCGGGCCGCAGAAAGCGCCAGCUCUGUGAUGCAGGCUCCGGGGACAGCGGCAGCAGCAGUGACGAAGGCAACUCUGUGGUCCGCCCCAAGAAGAAGCAAGCGACCCACAAUCCGAUGAUCCAGAAGACGCGUGGCAGCGCUAAACAGAAGGCAACCUACAGCGGCUUGAGUAGCGAGGACGAGAAUGAACCGGAGGGUCUCGGCGUUGUCUACAAGUCUACCCGUUCGGCAAAACCCGUGGGGCCCGAAGAUAUGGGGGCGACCGCCGUCUACGAGCUGGACACUGAGAAGGAUCGAGAUGCACAGUCCAUCUUUGAGCGGAGCCAGAAGAUCCAAGAGGAGCGGAGGGGCAAGGAAGAUGACAAGAUCUAUCGGGGAAUCAAUAAUUAUCAGAAGUACGUGAAGCCCAAGGAUACAUCCAUGGGCAAUGCUUCCUCUGGGAUGGUGAGGAAAGGCCCCAUCCGAGCUCCUGAGCAUCUACGUGCCACCGUGCGCUGGGAUUACCAGCCCGACAUCUGCAAGGACUACAAGGAGACUGGAUUCUGCGGCUUCGGGGACAGCUGCAAAUUCCUUCAUGACCGUUCAGAUUACAAGCACGGGUGGCAGAUCGAACGUGAGCUUGAUGAGGGUCGCUAUGGUGUCUAUGAGGAUGAAAACUACGAAGUGGGAAGCGAUGAUGAGGAAAUACCAUUCAAGUGUUUCAUCUGUCGCCAGACCUUCCAAAAUCCAGUUGUCACCAAGUGUAGGCAUUAUUUCUGCGAGCGCUGUGCAUUGCAGCACUUCCGCACCACCUCACGCUGCUAUGUCUGUGACCAGCAGACCAAUGGUGUCUUUAAUCCAGCCAAAGAAUUGAUUGCUAAACUGGGAAAGCAUAGAGCUGAAGCAGAGGGUGAUGCUUCUGAUUUUCUAGAAGACAUAGAGGAGAAUCCAGUUUCCACUAUUUAGAUUUUCCGUAAUUCCCAGUCUCAAAAUAAAUGUUUUGUUGUUUCUUAAAA